AGGCCGCGCAUCACCAUAUCUAUCAUCGCUCCCAACCACGACCUCGACCAGGAAUUCAUCACUCUCGAUCUCCCACCAGGCCUGUCAAUAGCGGACCUGAAAGGUUUCGUCAAUGCCGAAACCAGCCUCCCACAAGCAUCACAGCAGUUCUACCUCAACAACGUACCCAUACAAGGCGACAACAAGACGUUAGAGGAGGCCGGGAUCAAAGAUGGUGACAUGCUAGCCAUGCUUAUGCGUGAACCCAGUCAACAGAACAAUAUGGGUAGGCAACCACAGCAACAAGCAAGUCAGCGGAGAGCAGCAGGGCCGGGUCAGGCAGAGAUCGAAACGACGAGGUUGAGCAUAUUGGGUAACCCAAGCGCCAUGGCGCAGGUGAGAGAGCAGAGACCGGCACUUGCCGAUGCGAUCAACGAUCCGGAUCGCUUUAAAGAUGUUUGGAUGGAGAUGAUGCGCGAGGAUGAGGACCGUGAGCGCGAGAGGCAAGAGCAAAUGCGAUUGCUGAACGAGGAUCCUUUCAACAUCGAUGCGCAGCGGAAGAUCGAGGAGAUGAUCCGCCAGCAAGCCGUGCAAGACAACCUGCAGCACGCGUACGAGCACAAUCCAGAAGGUACAUUACACAACAACAAGCUUGUGUUCGGCGACGGCAACGAGGUCAGCUUUUUGGGCGAAGCUGACAUUCCCAAGUCACUCGAGGAGGCUAUGUUGAACGAGCCCACUGUCGCCGGACCAAACGGCACCGAAGUGGGCGCGCAGUCCGGUACGGUGAGGCCGGCGGGUUCGUCGACCGCAGCUUCCUCGUCAGGAGGGGCGGCGGCUGCGAACGGGCCUUUCCGCGGUCAAGGGCAUACCCUGAGUUCGAAAGCGCCCAACGGACCGACACCCGCAGCCACGCCUGCUGCCUCUGCUGGCGCCACUUCGCGCGCUCCUGCAUCGAGCAGUCAUCCGAAGGAGGCUAUUGACCAACUGGUCAGCUUGGGCUUUGACCGCCAGCAAGCGAUCGCUGCGUUGGAUGCUUGUGGUGGGAACGUGGAGUAUGCCGCUGGGUUGCUGUUCCAAGGGUGA